AUGUAUCCUCCUACAGGUCCACCUCAUCCCCCAUCGCAUAAUCACCAAGAAGAAUUUGAGGAAUAUCCAUUAAAUAACAGCAACUUUGUCGAACGUAGGCCUUUUCAGUCACCCUUUUCUGAUCCAUACCCUCUAGAACACUCGUACACUGUAGAGGCUCACGAACCACCGAUGCCAAUCUAUGAUAACCAACCUCUUUUAAACAGCAAUGCUAUGCCAAUGCCGUAUCCUGAGAUUGCCAAUGAUGAACCUGUCAAACCAGAGGUAUAUAGCGAGCAAAUCGAGAAUGCAACACCGACGUAUUUUACUGGAGCACCCAGACGCCAACCUCGUCGUUAUAAAACCAUAAGACAAGUUAAACUGACUCGAGGUAACCUGGUUCUUGAUUGUCCUGUACCAACAAGAUAUAUUUCAAGCGUACCAAUAAAAGACGGUAAAGAAUUCACGCACAUGAGAUAUACUGCGGCCACUUGCGACCCCAAGGAUUUCGCAAGCGAAGGCUAUACAUUGCGCCAACAGUUGAUUGGUAGAGAAACUGAAUUGUUUAUCGUUUUAACUAUGUAUAAUGAAGACGAAGUUUUAUUUGCACGCACCAUGCAUGGCGUCAUGAAGAACAUUUCUCAUUUAUGCACUCGUGAUAGAUCUCGUACAUGGGGACCCGAAGGUUGGACGAAAGUAACAGUAUGCAUUGUUUCUGAUGGACGUAACAAGAUCCAUCCAAAAACACUAUCGCUACUUGCAACUUUAGGCGUCUAUCAAGAUGGUGUGGCUAAAAAUGUGGUCGGGGAUAAGCCUGUCACUGCACAUAUUUAUGAGUACACGACACAAUUAUCCGUAGAUCCCAAAAUGAAUUUUAAAGGUGCCAGCAAAGGUAUGGUGCCAUGUCAAAUUAUAUUUUGCCUCAAGGAAAAAAAUCAAAAAAAGAUAAACUCGCACAGAUGGUUCUUUCAAGCCUUUGGUCCUUUGAUAAAUCCCAAUGUCUGUAUUUUACUCGAUGUGGGCACAAGACCGGGAAACACAUCUUUAUACCAUUUAUGGAAAUCCUUUGAUAUCAAUUCAAACAUUGCAGGUGCUUGUGGCGAGAUUCGAACAAUGACAGGAAAAUUUGGUACGGCUCUUUUAAAUCCGCUGGUGGCGGCCCAAAACUUUGAAUACAAAAUGUCGAAUAUUCUGGAUAAACCACUUGAAUCUGUUUUUGGGUAUAUUUCUGUUUUACCAGGAGCAUUCUCUGCUUAUCGAUUUAGGGCCCUUCAAAAUGAUGCGGAGGGUCAUGGUCCUCUCGAAAAGUAUUUUAUGGGUGAAACACAACAUGGCGGUGAUGCAGAUAUCUUUACAGCAAAUAUGUAUCUUGCUGAGGAUCGUAUUUUGUGUUAUGAGCUGGUGGCAAAAAAGAAUGCGAAUUGGGUGCUUCAUUAUGUAUCGGGUGCUUACGGCGAAACAGACGUACCUGAUAAGGUUGACGAGUUCAUAUCUCAAAGGAGACGCUGGUUAAAUGGUUCUUUCUUUGCUGGUGUUUAUUCCCUUUGGCAUUGGCGUAAAGUCUGGAGAUCUGACCAUUCUCUCUUGAGAAAAUUAUUUUUUCUGAUUGAAAAUAUAUACACUGCUUAUAACAUGUUUUUUGCAUGGUUCGCACUGGGCAACUUUUAUUUAACUUUUUUCAUUUUAACUCAAGCUCUAGGUGAGGAUAGUCUUGAGCCUAAACCUUUUCCAGCAGAAGUAGCAGAUAUUGUUCAUACGGUGCUCAACUAUAUUUAUGUUGUGCUGAUCAUUGUUCAAUUCAUUAUGGCUCUAGGCAACAGACCCCAAGGAUCUAAAAUUGCUUACACAUGCAGUAUGGUUUUCUUUGCUCUUUUGAUGGUAUAUAUGAUGUUUGCUACGAUCUGGAUAACUGCAGUUGGAAUACAAGCCGUGGCUGAAGAUAGUGGAGAUCAAAUAAUGACCAUGCUAGGACAGUCUACAUUUAGAAAUAUCAUCAUUUCGGUAUGCUCAACCUACGCCCUUUACUUGGUUUCGAGUAUAUUGUUUUUGGAUCCUUGGCACAUGUUUACUAGUUUCCUACAAUAUAUCUUUUUAGCACCAAGUUAUACAAAUGUUCUUAAUGUAUAUGCAUUCUGUAACACACACGAUGUUUCAUGGGGUACGAAAGGUGAUAAUACAGUGGCCACAGAUUUAGGUGUUGUGAAACAAAAAAAAGACUCUGAAACUGGAGAAUACACGGUUGAGGUUGAACUUCCAACGGAACAGAAAGAUUUAAAUGAAAUUUACGAAGAAGCUUGUUUGGAUCUAAGCAAAGAAGCUAUUCCAGAUAAACAACAUCGAGAUGCGAAAACCAAACAGGAAGAUUAUUACCGAGCCUUCCGUACCAGAUUAGUACUUUCCUGGAUUAUAUCAAACCUGGUUCUUGUGGUUAUUAUAACAAACGCUACAACAUUUGAUUGGAUCGGUACCUUUGAAGCAAGAAGUACAGCUUACCUCGGAUUUAUUUUGUGGUCUGUUGCAGGGUUAGCUGCAAUUCGAUUUUUUGGGUCUACAUUAUAUCUUAUACUUCGUAUAUUUAGUGGAUAA